AAUGACGUAACACUAUAAACGCGACCCGCCCUGCGAGGGAGAGAGAGAAAAAACAAUGUGACAACGAAGAAGCCAGGUUGAAAGUUAACGAUGUGAUUAAAUUAUAAAGCAUAAUGAACGUAUAUUACAUAUGAUAUCUUCGCAGUUAGUCAUAUAAAGGUGUAUAAACAGCACUGAAAACGACCAAAUCAUGGCUACCAUAGAUUCUCUUAUGAGCUUGUGCGCUUUUAGCGUUGCUCAGCGCGCUGAGAGGUAUGAGGAGAUCAGGAUGUUGCCUGCUGCCGUUAAAGACAGAUUAUUGCGAAUAAUGAUGUCUUACGGCACGGUCACCGACUCCAACAUCAGCCAGCUCGUGCACAACGGAACUCACACACUGGAUCUGCAGAACUGCAAGGUGUCGGACUCUGCGCUUCAACAAAUCCACUGCCUACAGCUGAGGACAAUACUGUUAAGAGGCUGUGCAGAUAUCACCUCUGAGGGGCUAGAGGUGCUGGCAUCCCGGUGCCCUUAUCUUCAGGUCGUUGAUCUGACGGGCUGCACGGCUGUGACAGACUCAGGGGUUCAGGCUCUGGCCCGACACUGCAAAUGUUUGGAAGUGAUUUCCCUGCGUGGCUGCGCUGCUCUCAGUGACAGAGCCCUGCUGGAGCUGGGAGAGAAUUGCAGGGUGCUGCACAGCAUUUACUUCUCUGGGACAGAGGUAACUGAUCAAGGGGUCAUUGGACUUGCAACCGGAGUUUGUUCACACUGCUUAAAGGAGUUACAGAUGAUACGAUGUCGCAAUUUGACUGAUGUGGCUGUGACUACUGUUCUUGCAAACUGCGCCAACAUCAGAAUUUUCAAUUUCCAUGGAUGCCCCCUGAUUACAGAUAAAUCAAGGGAGGCGCUGCAAAACUUUAUUGGUCCCAACAAGAUCCAACAAGUGUCUUGGACUGUGUACUGAUGUGACGGUACAUCAACUACAGCACAUCAACUUUAUUGUCAUAAAUGUAAUGCGCUCAUCAAAGAAGAUAUGCAUAAUCCUUGUCAAAUGUAUUAAACAAAUUGUCAAUGUUUGAUGGAAAAAAUGAUAAAAAUCAAUGAAUUUCUUACAGCGUUUGCA